CGGCUACGUCACAUCCGGUCUUCAUCAACGCCGUCAGUGUCAAAGCUAGCAAACAAGAAGCUUUACGUGACACUACAUUUUUUUGAGGAAAUAUCAGCGAUUGCUUUGAUUUUAACACAACGUGAUCGGCUCUUUUCAGGUUUGUAAAUGCUGUCCAGAUAUUUCACGCGGCGAGUGAGUGAAGUGUAAAUUUUAGCACCAGUCGAAGCUAAAUAGAAGAACACGUUGUCUGGCUGCUCCUCUUUGUCAGAUAGUAGGUCACCGUUACUGCGUGGGUAGCUCGGUAACUUGUGCUCAGGAUGCCAUGCCACAACCAACAACUAAACAAUAUCAGCAGUGGCCAGGAGCACCCGAUGAAGCAGGUACGGUUUGCUAACAGCAACAGUAGUAACAGCAGCAGUGUGUCCGCAGUAGUGUCCGACAAUGAGCCAAGUGAUGCCAGUAGACAGACCGUUAGUAACCAAGAAAACCUGGGACCUCAGCUCAAACUGCUGCCUCUCAACGACCAGAUCCGAGAGUUACAGACUAUCAUCAGAGACAAGACGACCAGCAGAGGCGAUUUUGUGUUUUGUGCUGACCGACUGAUCAGGCUAGUUGUUGAGGAGGGUCUGAAUCAGCUCCCCUAUUCAGAGUGCACUGUGACCACACCGACAGGGUACAAGUAUGAAGGUGUCAAGUUUGAAAGAGGCAACUGUGGAGUCAGCAUUAUGAGGAGUGGUGAGGCCAUGGAGCAGGGUCUCAGGGACUGCUGCCGCUCCAUCCGAAUCGGCAAGAUCCUCAUCCAGAGUGACGAAGAGACACAGAAAGCCAAGGUCUAUUAUGCCAAGUUCCCUCCAGAUGUGUACCGGAGGAAAGUGCUGCUCAUGUAUCCCAUCCUUAGUACAGGAAACACUGUGAUUGAGGCAGUGAGGGUGCUGAUAGAGCACGGAGUCCAGCCCAGACAUAUUAUCCUUCUCAGCCUCUUCUCCACGCCUCAUGGAGCCAAAUCUAUAAUCCAGGAGUUCCCAGAUAUCACCAUUUUAACUACAGAGGUUCAUCCAGUGGCUCCAACACAUUUUGGACAGAGGUACUUCGGCACCGAUUAAACAAAGGGCAACCUGAGGGACAUGAUCUGCAAAUUGUCUUGAGCAUACUUGGUCUUGUUUAUUUAAAUGUAUUUCAUGUUCUCCUUGUUGUGCCAAAUACUGCCACUUUAUUUCCAAAGGUCCUAAAAUGAUUUAAAAAAAA